UAAUUUAAAAGAAGGAUAAGAUUAGGUAGGCUCGUUAGGAUUUAAAUGCCGUCUUAUAUAUAAAUGUUUAUAAUGAAUGAUAACUUCGGCUAUACUUGGCAAAAUUGCAUUCCCAUUUGCACUAAUAAUCCAAACGUCGAUUUUUUUGAACCGUUUGCUCUGCCGUAGUCCUUCCAGCCAGUGGGUUUGUGGGUAAUGUAGUCCAGCCGUAGACACGUGGGGUCUUGUGGUUGUUCAUUCCGGUCCAUUCGAAGUUUGCGGAAACAUGGCGGGCCUGGAGCUGCUGUCUGAUCAGGGAUACCGUUUAGAUGGAAGAAAAGCCACCGAGCUGCGGAAGGUUCAGGCCCGUAUGGGUGUGUUCGCUCAGGCGGACGGCUCUGCCUAUUUAGAGCAGGGAAACACGAAAGCUCUGGCUGUGGUGUACGGUCCACAUGAAGUGCGAGGUUCACGCAGCCGGAUUCGCCAUGAUCGGGCCGUUAUCAACUGUCAGUACAGCAUGGCCACAUUCAGCACGGCGGAGAGGAAGAGGAGACCACACGGAGACCGCAAGUCGACUGAGAUGAGCCUCCACCUCAAGCAGACGUUUGAAGCUGCCGUGAUGACCCAGCUUUACCCACGUUCUCAAAUAGACAUCUAUGUCAAGAUUCUGCAGUCAGACGGAGGGAACUACAGCGUGUGUGUGAACGCUGCCACUUUGGCGGUGAUUGAUGCCGGCAUCCCCAUGCGUGACUACGUGUGUGCCUGCACAGUCGGGUUUGUGGAUGAGACGCCCCUUGCUGACCUUUGCUAUGCAGAGGAAAGUGGAGGAGUGAGCUCUCUGGCCUUAGCAGUGCUACCUCGAGGCGGACAGAUCGCUCUGCUGCAGAUGGACGCCAGACUACAUCAGGAUCACUUGGAGUCGCUGAUCGAAGCUGCCAUGACGGCUUGUAAAGGUGUGAGCAAGGUGCUGGAUCAGGUGGUGCGACAACAUCUUCAAGAAGUGUCCGUGCUCUCUGCAGAGUGACGCACGGAUGAGGGGAUAACAUCUGGACUGAGGGUUUUGUUGCAGACUGUAAAGUGUUAUUGGAAUGAAGAGAGGAGAAUCUCGGAGUGAAUGUUUUUUUUUUAUGUAUUCAUGGAAAUUAUACCUUUGUACAGUAUAUUUGUUCUCAAGCUAACAGUAAAAUUUUCAACCCUUCAA